AUGCUUCCUCAGUUGCUGGUUCUACUCCUGAUUUUGGACUGGGUCUCGGUCUCGGUUUGGUCCCAGGUUAAAGUCCCAAUCCCAGUUCUGUGGAUGGUCCCGGGUCCAGACUUGGUUCUGGUCUCUAGUCCAGACUCGGCUCUGGACUCUGCUCUGGUCCCUGGUCUGGUCUCAGGUCCAAACCCGGCUUUGGUCCCUGGUCUGGCCCCUGGUCCAGACCCUGCUCUGGUCUUGGCUCUGACUCUGGCUAUGGAGGAUCUGAAGGAACAUCAUGGACUCUUGAAGAACCACAAACUUCAACUGCACAAACUGGAAGGGCAGUGUGAUGCAUCGAUGGCAUUGAAGUCGUUGUUCAAGGAGAAGGGGGCGGGACUUGAGCUGCUGCUGCUGCUGGGAGAGGCGUGUCCCUCUGUGACAUCACUCCUCUUACCUGCGCUACCUGCCCUCAACAUGGUUCAGGUGUCGUUUUUGGCUCCACCUCCUCUGCUCUCUCACAGGAGGGGGUUGGGUCAUAUGGUCAGUACGGUGCCAUCUGAUUGGGCGUUGAACCAGGCACUGGUAAAGCUGCUACAGACCCUAAACUGGACCAGAGUCGGUCUGAUCUCAGAAAAGACCCAGCGGAUCUCCCAGGCUCUCAGAGACCUCCAGCUGCAGCUGGACCAGGCUCAGGUCCAGGUCCUGUCCUCUGUCAGGUUCUCACAAGACGCCUGCUCCGCACUCAAACAGCUCAAGGACAGAGAAGUGAGGAUCUUCAUCGCUCUGGUGGAGGAGCAUUCGGCCUCUGAGCUUUUCUGCUGUGUCUACAGACAGUCUCUGUUUGGGCCCCGGCUGCAGUGGCUCUUCCUUGGGGCCGUGGGCAGGUGGUCUUUGGGCUGGACUCAAUCUCUCUGUUCCACACAGAGUCUUGUCACAGCUGCAGAGGGAUCCAUUCAAGUCCAAGUUCAAGGACUGAGGUUUAACCAGGACCCAGGAGUCUCCGGGAAGAGCGCAGAGCAGUAUGAGCACUUGUACCUGCAACGUCUGUCCUCGUUUGGCCUGAAGGCGGCGCCGCUGCAUGGGUUUGUGUAUGACGCUGUGUGGCUAGCAGCUCUGGCCCUGAACCGACUCCUGGACCAGACCAAGAACCAGAACCAGAUCGGGACCUUGAACCCAAACAAGACCCUGAAUGCACCACGAGACCUACAGCUGAGCGCACACAAGCUCCUACAGGCUGUGAAGGCAACGCGUUUCAAUGGAGUCACUGGUCCAGUGCAGUUCCGUGGAGGGGAGCGAAUGGCGACUCUUGAGUUGACUCAAUUUCAAGGCAGCAGCAGCGUUGUGGUCGGAGAAUUCAACACCAGUGACCAGAAUCUAACCCUCAACCUCCACCUGCUACAGUUCAAAGGAAGCGGCCCUCCUCGAGACCGGACCAUGGUCAGGACUCAGUUGCGUCAUGUGACUCUGGCGCUCUAUGUUGUUAUGGCAGCCGCCUCCAGCAUCAUCAUCCUCUUUAGCCUCAGCAUCCUCUUCCUCUGUCUCCUCAACCGCAGAUUGAGACUGGUGCUCUGGAGAUCUGUGUCCCAGGAGGAGCUGCUGUGUCUGGGUGUGAUCCUGUGCUGUGUUUCAGUCCUGGUCUCAGGUCUGGACCAGGUUCCAGUCUCAGACCAAACCAGGACUGUCCUCUGCUCUGUUCACGUCUGGACCUUGUGUGUGGGUCACUCUGUGAUUUUUUCGGUUUUCUUCACCGAGGCCUGGACCCAGUACUCCCUCAGACACCACCUGCCCAAGAGUCAUCUACAGACUCCCUGGCGUUUGCUCUUAUGGCUGUUGCUGUUGGAGGCGUUAGUUUUAUCCUCCUGGACUCUGACGGAUCCUCUGAGUUGGGUGGAGACUCUGCUCCUGCUGCAGGUGGACCAGUCAGAGGAGGAUGCUAUGGUCCAGACCGUGUCUUGUCUCUGUGGAUGCUCUUCCUCUGAGCUCUGGGUCAUGACAGUCUGUGGCUACAAGUGUCCCUUGCUGUUGUUUGUUUCGUGGUUGGAGAUCAGUGUUCCUCAGACAGAAGAGGAGGAGCAACAGAGGAAAACAAGGAACCGUGAGCUCCGAAACAGGAGUCUGCAGCUGGGGCUGGAGAUCGACCGACUCCGCAGAGAGCUGUUCUAUCCGGGGAGUACUCAAGAGAGUACCCACAAAUACCCAGAGAGUACCCAAGAGACACCACCAGUGAACCUGAACCAGCAGUAA